UCCCAUGCAUGCAUCCCCAUCCCUUUUUAAUUAAAUCUACUCCAUCUUUGCCAUCUCCUCCAGAAUAAUCCACAUACACACCCACUCCAUCUUCUUCUUCUUGCACACAGCUACCUCAGCUCAUCUCAGUUCAGUCAGAUCUUCAGAUUCGCUCGGAUUAGCAGCCAUGCACACGUACACGUACGGUGUGUGAGCCUCCCCCUGCAUGUGUCCGUCGUGAUUUCAUCAAAACUACGUCAAGCUGGGUGAUCGAUUAACUGUUUUCUCUCUGAUCGGUGAUGGACAAAGAGCAGAGGAGCCACCUGGACAGCUUUGCGCCGCUGGACGACGCGCCGCCGGAAGAGGCGGUCGUCGCCGCCGGCGAGAUGGUGGACUACAUGCUGGGGCAGCCGACGCCUCCGACUCCCGGUCCGCAGAGCCAGGUGUCGUUCGACAAGCUUACCUUCUCCGACGUGCUGCAGUUCGCCGACUUCGGCCCCAAGCUCGCGCUCAACCAGCCUAAGGCGUCCGAGAACGGCGGUGGUGGCGACGACGAUGACGACGACGACAGCUACUUCCUCAGGUUCCAGUCGCUGCCGUCCCUCCCGACCGUGCCCCCUCCUCGCGGCGCGCAUCCGGGUGACGAGCAGGAGGGCAGCAAGCAGACGGUUGACGCCGGCGGCGUGUCCGAGAGCACGACGCUGGUGCAGCAGGCUGACGGCGGAGGUGCCGGCGGCCGUGCGGACAAGGCCGCGGACCAGGGGAAGAGCGGACGGCGGAAGCGCCCCCGGACGGUCAAGACGAGCGAGGAGGUGGAGAGCCAGCGGAUGACGCACAUCGCCGUCGAGCGCAACCGCCGCCGCCAGAUGAACGAGUACCUCAGGGUUCUCCGGUCACUCAUGCCAGGCUCCUACGUCCAAAGGGGAGACCAAGCGUCCAUCAUAGGCGGCGCAAUAGAGUUCAUACGGGAGCUGGAGCAGCUGAUCCAGUGCCUGGAGUCGCAGAAGCGGCGGCGCCUGUACGGCGGCGACGCGCCACCACGGCCGGUCGCGGACGGAGCAGCAGUAGUGCUGCCGGCACCCAUGCAGCAGCAGCAGCCACAGCCACAGCCACCGGCGACGCCGUUCUUUCCCCCGAGCAUCCCGUUCCCCGCGUCGUCCGGCGGCGAUGGCAGCGCCGGUGCCAAGAUCCUGGACCUCGACGCCAACGGCGGCGGCGGCGACGUGGUCGCCGGCGGGCUCCGGGAAGAGAUGGCAGAGAACAAGUCGUGCCUUGCGGACAUCGAGGUGCGGCUACUCGGCGUGGACGCCAUGAUCAAGAUCCUGUCACGGCGGCGGCCGGGGCAGCUGAUCAAGACGGUGGCGGCGCUGGAGGACAUGCAGAUGUCCAUCCUGCACACCAACAUCACCACCAUCGAUCAGACCGUCCUCUACUCCUUCAACGUCAAGAUCGCCGGCGAGGCAAGAUUCUCGGCGGAGGACAUCGCCGGAGCCGUCCACCAGAUCCUUAGCUUCAUCGACGUCAACUACACGUUAUGAAAUUUGUCUCUAUUAAAGAUUGUGAAAAGAAGUUUAUGUGGGUUAAUGACCAAACGAGUGGAUGCAUGCGCUAGUUUAUUAUAACGCACCAUAUAUAGUUACUUCAUUGUCUAUCUAUGGUUUCCCUCUAUAUGUAUGUAGACUGAUAAGUGGAAUCAACUAUUAAUCAUAUGCUGAUGUGUUCAGUGAUAGUAUGUAGAUCGAAAUAUGUCCUUUGCUAUAGGAAUGACCUUAUUGGACAAGAUUAUUAUUUGUAUUAAAAAUUCUGUUUUUGUGUUUGUA